AAAUCUUAGCGCGGGACAAAUGGCGCUGUAGAGAAGAGGGGAUCCAAUUUUCCGUUUCUUUAACAUUAGGGUUUUCACUGUUCUUCGUCUACACAGAAAGCAUUGCAUCAGGAAAACUGAAACACUUUCCGACCUUAAAAAUUAGUUUUGUGUUUCUCAUUGUUCUUGAAACAAUUAUUACAGUAUGGACCCAGACCGAGUUGUUGCUGAAUUGGUUGGAAUGGGAUUUGAGUUAUCUGAUAUUACAGAUGCUGUAGAAGUUGUGGGUCCAUCAAUUGAUAGUGCGAUUGAUUAUCUACUCGAUGAUUCUCGAAGAAAAACUGCAAGUGCAUCAACGAGUACUGCAUGUUUCACCAGUUGUGCUGGUAUGCUGGGAAAAAGAGGCUCCUCUUCUUCUUCUUGUUCUGCAGGAAAAAUACGGCAAUCGAGCAUAAACGAAUUCAUUCAAUCAGAAAGUAGACCUAAAAGAAGCAAGACAAUAAAUAAGUUGAAUAUGUCUCAAACAGAAGUCUUGCAAAGAGAUACGGGAGGUCAAAAUGUGCAUCCUCCUCUAGAGGAUUCUGAUCUCCACAUUGCUACUGAAAAAGCUGUAACAUCAUCUUAUUGCAAAGAUGAAGAUAUUGGACCAGAUUGGCAAAAGAAGGUCAAGGCUUUGUUGCAGAAACACUUUGGAUUUCCAUUGUUUAAGGAUUUUCAGAAAGAUGCUCUGGAAGCUUGGUUAUCUCAUCAAGACUGUCUUGUUCUUGCAGCAACAGGAUCAGGGAAAUCUUUGUGUUUUCAGAUUCCGGCAUUGCUGACUGGGAAGGUUGUCAUAGUUAUAUCACCGUUGAUUAGCUUGAUGCACGAUCAGUGUUUGAAGUUAGCAAAACAUGGUGUUUCUGCUUGCUUCCUUGGAUCUGGUCAAACUGAUAAAAGUGUUGAACAAAAAGCAAUGGCAGGCAUGUAUAGUAUCAUUUAUGUAUGCCCCGAGACAAUUCUAAGACUCAUAAAACCCCUCCAAAGCCUUGCUGAAAGUCGUGGAAUUGCUCUAUUUGCAGUUGAUGAAGUUCAUUGUGUUUCUAAGUGGGGUCAUGAUUUUCGACCAGAUUACAGGCGAUUAUCUGUUUUGAGAGAGAGCUUUAGCAUGGAUACCAUGAAGUUUCUGAAGUUUGACAUUCCGAUCAUGGCACUGACUGCUACUGCAACUACUCGUGUUCGAGAAGACAUUCUGCAGUCAUUGCACAUGUCAAAGGCGACAAAAAUUGUUCUCACUUCGUUUUUCCGGCCAAAUCUCCGAUUUUUAGUGAAACACUCUAAAACAUCAUCCUUAGCAUCCUACAAGAAGGAUUUUCAUGAAUUGAUAAGCAUUUAUUCCAGAAAAGGGAAGUCUUCCUCGAAAAAUAAGUUAAUGUCUACAAAUUUGGUGGAGAACUCUGAAAGCUCUGAUAACGCUUCCAAUGGUCGCAUGGAUGAAUGUAAUGGGAUCAAUGAGGUUGAUGUAGACGACGUUGAAGGGUAUGCUGUUUCUGACAGUGACAAUGAAGUAUCUUCUCCUGGGAGAUAUGGUUUAGAUUCAUCGAAGGAUAGACAACUGUCUGUUGAGUAUCUGGAAGAUGAGUGUGAUGUUGUGCAAGAUGUUGAUGAUUUGGAUGUUUCUUGUGGUGAAUUUAGUGGAAAACUACCACUGGAAGGUUGUAGUGGUUUUCUGUUGCACAAAACUCCUGAUCUGGCCAAUGAUCCAAAAGAAAGAGUCAAGCUUCAACACAAACUGUUGGAGGAUGGACCAACAAUAAUCUAUGCCCCAACUAGGAAAGAAACAUUAAGUAUAUCAAAAUUUCUUUCUAAAUUUGGGAUCAAGGCUGCUGCUUACAAUGCUAAGUUGCCAAAAUCACAUCUGAGGCAGGUGCAUAAGGAAUUUCACGAGAACACUCUGCAGGUCAUUGUUGCAACAAUUGCCUUUGGGAUGGGCAUUGACAAGUUGAACGUGCGAAGGAUCAUCCACUAUGGUUGGCCCCAGAGUCUGGAGGCUUAUUAUCAAGAGGCUGGUCGAGCUGGUCGGGAUGGAAAAGUAGCAGAGUGUGUUCUGUAUGCAAACUUGUCAAGAACACCUACGCUUCUACCAAGUCAAAGAAGUGAGGAGCAGACAAAACAAGCAUAUAAGAUGUUAUCUGAUUGCUUUAGAUAUGGAAUGAACACUUCUUGCUGUAGAGCCAAGACACUUGUGGAGUACUUUGGCGAGCACUUUCUUUUGGAGAAAUGUCUGGUGUGUGAUAUAUGCAUCAAAGGUCCACCUGAAAGACAGAAUUUAAAGGCUGAGGCGAUGAUCUUCUUGCAAGUUCUAUCUACUCAUUGUAGGAAUUUUGCAGACAUCUCCUAUGGCGGUUAUGAAGGGAGACUUAGCGAGAGGCCAAACAUCAAGGCUUUAGUCAGCAGAAUAAGGGAACUGUAUCAACAAUUUAGUGCAAGUGACCUCUUGUGGUGGAGAGGUCUUGCUCGACUAUUGGAAGUUGAAGGGUUUAUUAGGGAGGGCGAUGACAUGACUCGUGUGCAGAUAAAAUAUCCAGAAGUAACAGUACGUGGAAGGCAGUUCCUGAGUUCUGAAACAGAGCAGCCAUUCCAUGUUUAUCCCGAAGCAGAUAUGUUGGUUUCCAUUACAAGCCCCAAGUCCUUUUCCAGUUUUGCUGAAUGGGGAAAAGGGUGGGCUGAUCCCGAGAUCCGUCGCCAACGCUUGCAAAGAAAGCGAACUUGGAAAUCUCCAAGAAAACGAAAAUCACGUAAACGUCAGCCUGAUUCUAAUACGGUUCGAGGAAGAUUGACUGCCAAGCUGUCAAAAAAGUGACACAAAUGUGAAACAGUCAACCUUGUCACAAGCGCACUCAGUUCAUUUUUGGUUUAUUCCUUUUCCAUUUAUGUCUAAUUUCUGCUUCCAGAUUCUUUCAUUUCCUUCACGGAAUAUAAUUCACUUCAAGCAAGUGAUGCCAAUAUUUGAUUCAAAGCAAAGUAUCAAUUUCCCUUUCUAUAUUUUACUUCAACAAAUUCAUCUACUUUAGAUGGUUCCUCAACAUGUAUAAUAACAUCACCUUUGCAAUUAUAGGCUUUACAUCAUCAUUCUUGCUAUACUUGAGGAAAAGGCAAAAGAAGGAAAUAGCAGCAGAGAAAUUGAGGAUAGUAACAGAAGCAUUAGAACGAGCUGAAGACAGAGUUUUAAGGUAUGAAGAAAGACACGACAACAUACUUAAUCAAAUAGGUUCACAUUACAUUGUAAGUCAAGAAAUAGUAGAAGCACUUUGUGGUGCUCGAGAAGCGAUGAAUGAAGCAUUAGAAUUUGCAAUUACGCUCAGAAAUCUACAGCUAGAAAUUAUCAGAUUGUACCCUGAUGGUUAUGAAAGUGCUUCAAGGCCUGUUUGGUUAAUUAGAAAAUUAAGAAGACAAGGGAACAGUAUUAAUUAGCAUAGAUCUUCAUACGUGUUCUUCUUUGUAUUUGUUGAUUACUAAAUGAAAAUUAUCAUCAUCAAGAAUUUUUACAAGGGAAAUAUA